AUGUUUGAUGCGUCUUGGCAUCUUUUAUUUCUAUCUACAGGACAAUAUUGGACGCACAGUUUAUCUGCAGGUGAAUAUCCAGAAUAUCAGUGGAACGAAAGCCACGUUCAACCGGGCAUUCAACCUUAUCUUCCUCAGUUCAUGUUUCCACCACCGCAGGCAUCACAGUUCAGCCAUGAAACAGUCAGAUCAGUAUCACCUCAGCCUGGUCCAAGUUUUUCUUCUUUGAAACAGCUGCAGCCACGUUCAGUCAGUCGCGUGAAGGCACCGAAGGCGAAUCGAGAGCUCUUGUACGCUGGUCUAGAGCUGAUGUGCUGUUGUUAA